CUUUCUUCAUCAUUUUUUACUUAUUAUUUUAUUCGCUUUCAGUUUGGGAGAGGAGAAGAAUAAGGGGGACACGGCUUCCACAAUCCUCACCGCCGGCGUCUUCCCCAUUCUCGUCCUCCUCCUCCCCCUCUGCAAUCUCAAAUAAUCUAUAUCCCAUUCCUUCUUCAUUCCCGUCUCCAGUGACCUAAUCGCACUGUUCCUCUUAACUAACAAGAAACCGGCAACUCACUCGUAGUCAUCCUCAACCUCUUGUCACUCCGUCAAUUACCAGAUCUGUUCUUCCUCUGGUUUCCCUCAAUCUCUCGGAUUCCGUUCCUGCUGAUUUAGCGAUCAGGGCAUUUGGUUCUUGUGGCGGAAGGACAUAUUGGGUAUUUCCUACUAUAGAUCUCUGUUUCUCUCGGACUCCGGCGAUGGGGAAAACUUCGGUGAUCCUCUACGUUUCCCUAUGUCUCAUAUUCCUAAUGCUGCUCUCCCAUGCUCCGAAGAAGCCUUCUACCCACCGCCGGCUCAAGCUCAGGUCCAAUUUCAAUUUCAACAAUCCCCACCCCCACCACGACUCAAUCCCCUUUGACCCCGUCGUGACCCAGAUUGAGCGCCGCCUCGAGGAUCGCCGGUGGGAGCAUCACUAUAUCACCCAUUCCCAUCCCGACGCCGCCAACGAUACCCACUCCGCGACAACGGAAGCUCCUGGCCACGAGUCCCAGCCGGAGUGGGAGGAUUUCGUGGAGGCCGAGGACUACUUGAACGAUGAGGAGAAAUUCAAUGUUACCAGCAGGUUGCAGCAGCUUUUCCCCAAGAUUGACGUGGCGCCCGUUGAUGGGUACGUGACCGAGAAUGAGCUGACGGAGUGGAACUUAAAACAGGCCGAGAAGGAGGUUUUGCACCGUACUCAAAGAGAGAUGGAUGUUCAUGACAAGAAUCAUGAUGGCUUUAUUUCCUUUUCAGAGUACGAUCCCCCCAGUUGGGCUGCCAAUUCAGAUGCUAGUUCUCUUGAGCAUGACAUGGGUUGGUGGAAGGAAGAACAUUUCAAUGCAUCAGAUGCAGAUGGAGAUGGUCUUCUUGACAUCACAGAGUUUAACGACUUCUUGCAUCCAGCUGACAGUAAAAACCCUGACCUGCUGAAGUGGCUGUGCAAGGAGGAAGUGAGGGAAAGAGAUACAGACAAGGAUGGGAAAGUCAAUUUCGAGGAAUUUUUCCAUGGGCUUUUCGAUCUGGUAAGGAACUAUGACGAAGAAGCGCAUAAUACCUCCCAUCCAUCUGAAGACUCAACGGAUGCUCCUGCUAAGGUGCUUUUUGCUAAGCUAGACAAGAACAACGAUGGGUUUCUGUCAGACGAAGAAUUGCUGCCCAUCAUUGAGAAACUUCAUCCAUCAGAACAUUACUACGCCAAGCAACAAGCAGAUUAUAUAAUAUCACAGGCGGAUGGGGACAAGGAUGGGAAACUGUCACUGGAAGAGAUGGUGGAGAACCCGUAUGUAUUUUACAGCGCAAUCUUCACGGAAGAGGAAGAAGAAGAAUACGAUCACGAUGAGUUCCGGUGAUUGUAGUUGUAGAAGGAGAAGCUCACACUGAUUUUUUGUUGUUUGGAGAGGAUGGGGGGAAAUGGGCAGAGCACAAAGUGGAGAUGGUGAUGGUGGGGGUCCUCUUCGGCGGGUGUCAGAUAUCAGUUUGGUGGUGCAGGGAACAGAGGGAGAGUAGAAGGUUUUGGCAUGGAGAUCCCACUUGAAUCUUGAUACACACGUAACUAUAUAUUUAUGUUUUUUAGGAGCAGCAGAAAACAUUGUUACACUUUUCGGGUUGGGGGUUUGACACUCGUGUAUCUACUAAAUCUACACUUGAUCUCAACAGGGAAUGGAGACUGGUUUACUGGUUGGUUUUGACUAAUAACUGGAUUGAUGCUUUGAUGUCUGAUAA